AUGGGGCGGAGCCGCGGCAUACGGGGCUUGGCCGCGCUUGUCGUCGCGUGGAGAUCGUUGUGCUUCCUCAGCCCAGAUGCGACAGGUCACGCGAUGGAACAUCCCACGCUGCAGCGCAGGGCGGUGCUGGCCGCCGGCUUGCUGCCCACGGCCCAGGCGGCCCAGGCGGAGGUCGUGUCCACCGGCGAGAAAGUUGUGACGCUGAAGAACGGCCUCAAGUUUCCCAAGGCAUCCUUCGGGCUGCAGGUCUACGACGACGAAACCGCGGAGCGGCUCACCAGCACCGCCCUGGAGCUGGGCUACCGCAACUUCUUCGCCUCCGUGCUGGCGGGGAACCAGAAGGGCUUCGCGCGCGCGGUGCAGGCCUCCAAGGUGCCGCGGGAGGAGAUCUUCAUUUGCGGCUCCGUGCUGAGUAACCUGGCGCAGGACUUCGAGGAUGCGUACCUGUCUACCAAGAAGGGCUGCGCGGAGAACCUCGAGGCCUUAAGCGCGGGCGGCAUCACGGAGCUGGACAUGAUCCUGUUGGACUAUCCGGCGAAGGAUUGCGAGACCAUCCGCGGCCAGUGGAAGGCGUUUGAGGAGAUGCUGGCGGCAGGGCAGACCAAGAGCCUGGCCGUCAGCAACUUCUCCCCGGAGCAGUUGGACUGCAUCCUUCAGACGGAUGCAACGCCCCCCGUCCUGAACCAACUGCCGUACUCCCUGAAGAACUACGACAGCAACGCGGUGAAGGAAAAUGCCAAGCGCGGCAUCUUGGUCCAGGCCUGGGGCCCCCUGGGCAGCGGCUCCCUGGGCCUCAGCGCCUCCUCCACCUGCGAGGAGAUCGGCGCCAAGUACGGCAAGUCUGCAGCGCAGGUGGCGCUGCGGUGGAUCCUGCAGACCGGCGCCACCUUCACGACCCAGUCUAAGAAGCAGGAGCACUUCGCUGAAGACAUCCAAAUUUUCGACUUCCAGCUGACGGCGGAGGAAGUGACCAAGCUGAGUGACAUCAGCAACAGCGUGGGAGGCCGGAUCAGCGCUGCAGCGGACGUGGUGGUGCCCUUUGGUGGAGCCGUGGGCGGAGCAUUGGUGAUCUCUUCAGUGCUGGACUCCUUCGACAAGCAAGCGGAGGAGAAAGACAAGGUCAGAGAGACCAAGCCAAAGGGCAAAGAUGCCAAGAAGGAGGAAGAGGAGGAGGAGGAGGAGGAUGACGAUGGGGCACUUUGA